AUGGAUGGUUUACCAAAUAUUAUAUGUGGUAGAUUGUUUGAAUUGUUAUUUGAUGACUUGGAUAGGAUAUGUUUUGGAUUAACUUCAAAGAGGUUGUGGACUUUACUUCUAAAGUCAGACUCACAAGCACAACAACAACAACAACAAGAACAAAAACGACUCAAUCUGAGCAAUGUUGAUAUGCCUAGAAAAGUAUGGAUUCCUGACUAUGACCUUAGAACUGAAGUACCAGAUCCACCAGGCACUAUGACCAAUGUCAAUUGGUUGCAUUCUCUUCCAUUAGAUGCCAAAGGACAAACACAAUCAACUCUUGUAUCACUUUCAUUCAGCAACAUGUUCAACGAGCAAUUGCAGCCUGGUUUGCUCUCUUCCUCAAUCACCGAACUAAACUUUGGUCAUCACUACAGUCAUCAACUCCAACCUGGUUGGCUCCCCAACUCUAUUACAUCCUUGAAGAUGGGCGACUAUUCAGGGGAGCCAAUCCCUCCAAAUGUACUACCAUCUUCAUUACAAACACUUACCAUUGGUGAGCGCAUCGAUCAACAGAUAACACCGGGGUUCCUGCCGCCCACGCUUACUCAUCUGCACCUCAGCUACUGGUUCAAUCAACCAUUGGUUCCUUCUUGCUUCCCUUCAUCCUUGCUGUCUAUCACAUUUGGAGAAACAUUCAACCAACCUGUUGGUCCAUCGGUAUUGCCGAUGUUUCUGGAAACACUCACCUUUGGAUACCAUUUUGACCAAGAGAUUGUGCCAGGGUCUCUUCCUCAAUCAUUGACUAGUCUUGUGUUUGGUUAUUUCUUUAACCAGACGAUCAGUCCUGGUGUCCUCCCCACCAAACUCCAACAACUCACCUUUGGAGACAACUAUUUACGUCAAAUCGAAGAGGGAAGUCUUUCUGCAUGCACCUCAUUAACCUACUUGAGGUUUGGCAAUAUCUUCAAUCACCAAUUGCCAGAAGGGGAGAUGCCAAACUCACUCCAAACACUCAUAUUUGGUCGACGAUACAAUCAGAAGUUGCCCAAGACACUUCCACUCUCAUUGGAAGAGAUUGUGUUUGGAAUAAGAUUAUGGAAAAUACACUCCCAACAACAGUCAAACAUAUCAAGAUCAUUGAGA